AUGAAUGCCGAACCAUGGCUCGAUAGCCUAUCCGACGACUGGCCAUCGGUGCCUGUCUCUCCUACAACACCUGUGACGCCGGGCCCUUCCAAGUCCAUCCCUCCCUCCUCUCCUCGAACGGGCGCCCAGGAUACCCCUAGUCGCAUUCCAGUGCCCGCCCGUCGGUCCGUGGCCCAACAGUCACCCGCCAGCGACAAAAAGGUGACUCGGCCAUGUCACUUCUAUAAAAGAGAGCCGCCAACCCCGAAGACGCCUCGAACUCGCAGGAAACUCUCGACAACCCAGUCGCUAACCCCUGCUAAGACCAGAACAAACACCCCGAAGGCCUCUCCGAAACCCUCUCCGCAGCGCAGUCCGAGGCCCCCCUCCGGCGCGGCUGGCAAGCAGCCGCAGGCCAUGGAGACGCGCUCCCCUUUGCGAUCGGUCUCGAAUGUUUCAAGUCAGUUAGGGUAUCAAAGCACGGUCCAGAUCAAACCAAAGAAGACCCAGGAUGAGGGCGCGGCAACACCCGAAUGGCGGAAGCGACUGGUGCACGGAGAGAUUGGCGUGGGAGAACAACGAGAUUUGUUUGCGCCUAUGGGCCUUGAAAGCGUGUUCAAACCGCCGACGCCUGGACUCACGAACCCGCAGCAAGACGCAAUCCCGUUCACGAAGCAGGACGACCCGUUGUGGGAUUUCACCGACGCGACUUCUCGACAGGAUAGCGCAAUGCGAGAAGACGCCGACGAGCCCCAUGAACAAGAACCUCGUGUUGUUGAUGGCAAUAAAUUGGGCACCGGCACGGAGUCACCAAUGGGCACGAUUAAUCAUGCGCCUUGGACGGACACAAGAUCUGAAGGACAGGAUCACGCCCAGGAGGAUGUUUCACAAUGGGGAUACAACGAGCAGCGAACAGCCAGUGGGCUGGAAGACCUCCGCAAUGAGGGCAUUACGCCUAUUACAUUCACGCGACCAAACACACUGGAAGGCGGGGCUACAUCAGCGGUCAUCAAAUCCGCCUUGAAGCAAGUCACCGACAAGCUCGAGAGCCUGUCAAUGAACAAUGACAGCCGACCAGACUCGGCAGCAAGCGAUAGCUUUCUCUUCUACAAUCACAGCGAAGCCCGCGCCGAAGGCUCACCGCAAGAUGAUAGUCUGCUUGAUGUGACUAGUCACUCCUUGCCGCAGGACCUUUCAAUGGGAACAGUGGAUUUUAGCAGCCGCCGUGGCAACCACUCUUUCCGUCAUCGAUUCACUCCUUCGCCCUUUCCCUCCCAUCGAAUGUCCCCUGCGAACCUUGCCAAUACAAAAAUCCGCAGCUCUCCUCUCUUCAACCCUUCGCAGUCGAAAGGAUCUCCCUCUUUGCCGCGACCUUCCUCCUCUCAUGUUCGCCCUUCAACAGCGGGGGAUGCGUCAAAUGAAUCCAAGAUGCCAUCAUCAGGCAGCCCGCUUAAGCUGUUUGGCGAACACGACACCUUCACGAACAACCGUCUCUUGCGGCGGAUGAGUCAGUUUGAAGAGUUCAGUGACGCCUCAGACGGCGAAGGGCCGCCUUCGCCAUCAGAAGAAGCCCGGCAAAAAGGCGAGAGCCGCAGCUUUUUGAAUCCCAGACACGAGCCAAUGAGAGAAAUUUCGUCAAAGCUCAACGAGCGACUUGCCUCUCGGAACAUCCCACGACCUCGACUGAGCCGGUUUGGGGAUGGAGAACUCGAUCAAUUCGACUUUUCUGAUGCCAGUCCAUAUGAGAAUAAGUUGGUCUACGAUGAAGCCCAAGGAUUCAGCUCUCGACCCUCCUCACGGAGGGUUCCAUCUGGUAGACAGCAAUAUCUCCGCGGAGCGUCUCAACAGGGCUCUCUCCACUACACCAGGACUUCAAGUUCCAGUUUUACUCGAAAGCCAUCAGCAUGGACUCGCCAGAGCUACUUUGACCAUCUCCGCGAUACUUCAGUGUCACGUCUCAACAAGAAGGAAAAUCGGACAUCCCCCGAAGUGAAACGAGUUCCCAAAAAGGCAGCCGACCCAACUCCUAAACGCCGCCGAACAAUAUUGCGAGACAACACAGAAACAGAACAUUCCUACCAGAAUGGGGACUCUCCACCAAAAUUUGGUGACAGCUUGUCUCUUUUGCAAAGGAGCUUGCUCCAGCACGGCGUGCACCUUGAAAAUGGAGACUAUCUCGCCCCUCCUGGCUUAUCUCACUCUAUGCAACGACCCAGGACACCUACUCCUAGUCAAAUCAGGUCGACUCAUGAACCCUCAAUUGCCCCAGUCAGGGACUUUUCUGAGUCCAAUUUCGAUGAACUAGACUAUUCAGAUUCAUUCUCUAUCGAAGGAGAAAUCCCAAUUCUCAAAGUUACUGGCACUAGUGACACAUCGCGAAAAGGGUCAAUCACCACUCAGGAUUAUCUGAAUGAGGCUACCAAGAUCAUGGAUUUGAUCCGGUCCAAAGGCCGAUCAACUGUUGGCCUGACCAGUGUGCAGGAGAGUGACCUGGACAGCGAAGAGGGCGAUUUCAGCUACGAGGACGAAUCUACUCGGGAAGCCUUUUCUCGUCCUCCAAGUCGGGAUGGGACAGACCUACGCAAGCAGCGGGAGCCCAAGGAGUUGAAUCCACUCAUCAUCAGCCAUCUGAAGAAGUAUCAAGAAAGAGAAGACGGUAGUGACUCGGUUAUGUCACUUAACGGCUACUCUUCCUACAAGGAUGAUGGCCGACUAGGUGGACUUGCCCCCGAACAAAGAAAGCGCAAGACUAGUGCUUCGAUCGAUGAUACGGCUGAGAAUAUUGCUCAAGACCUGAUGACAAUCAACACUCAGAUGUCUGGGUUCAGCGUUCGCUCUGUUCCAACUGGCUCGUCACAAAACUCGCAGGCGAAAGGCAUGCUGUCUUCUGACCUUGUCUCCCAUUUGAUUCCCCAGCAAGUGAACGGUUUCACGUAUGAUCGAUCAAAGAAUCAGUGGAUCAAGGACGGUACUGAAGAGCCAGUGCCCACUCCUCUUCGUGAAACUGAGCAUGAUCCAUUCCAGGAUAUUCCGGACCUGAGCGUGGAUGAGCUGCAAGAGAUGCUGAGAGUCCAUGGACUCGAAUCUCCUGAGAAGAGUGUGCCCGUGGACCACAGUGCACCUAUUCCCGGUGCAGGUGCAACCCCUAGGAUGACUCUCCUGCGACCACACACAAGGAACGGUGAGCCCUCGAUGGGUGCAAACUCUCUGCAGUCUAGAGCGACAAGAUUCACAUCAAGUGUGCCUCAGUCUGGGACCAGAGCCACAUCUUGGAAUACGACUGAAAUUCAAGGACAAGUCAGCCAAGUGGCUCCUGCACCCGGCUCGCAGCCUCGCACCAAACAGGCUCGUGUUGCAACAAUCACCUCUUCGACACCUCUUGAGUCGCACAGCGCAUAUAGAAAUGGCUCCGAUGCCUCAGAAUCGAUUCCGGAACAAGGAGAGGUGACUGACGCUGCUACUUCAUCGGAAGAUAGUCCAGCUCGUACGGAUCAGCCGCAUGCUCCAACUCGGUCGACCGCACGGCCGAUUGACCGUGAAACCUCUCUAGCUGGCCAGCCAUUUAUCCGACGUCCUAUCUCUCGAAUCGAAGAAAGAAACGAGGAAGGCGCCGAAGAUCUCGGUCUUGUUCGUGUGGGUGAUCUAAUAGCCGCCCAGCAAACCCCAGGUGUAAAUGGCGCUGAGACCUCCUUGGUCCCCAUUCAAAGUCCGGAGCAGACGAACUACAGUUUCCAUCUGAGUCCUCUCGCCGACUUCUCUGUGAACCAGCCAGACCACCCACUGAACCUUGAAAUGAGCUACGUGGCCCAACGGACAAACCCCAAGUCGCUGAGACAGGUUCAUGGAACUUUUGCUCUCGCGACAGAGGAUCUCAUCAAGCACAUUACUGAUGUAGAGCCUUACGAGCCUUACUGGGACCAUGUCCGCCGCUUGGUGCUUCGUCAAAAGGGACUGAUUACCCUCCACAAGCUUAGCGACUUCUGUCCUCGACUUGAGGAUCUCGAUGUUUCAGAUAAUGACAUUGGUCAGCUGAGUGGUGUUCCUUCAACCUUGCGAACUUUGAAGAUCCCUCGAAACUGUCUCUCAAACCUCACGCCUUGGAGCCACUUGACCAAUUUGCAAUAUCUGGACAUUUCUGGCAACGACAUUGAAACACUGGAUGGAUUCUCCAGUUUGAUCCACCUUCGAGAAUUGAAGGCAAACGAUAACCACAUCCGCAACAUCGACGGCAUCAUGGAUCUGAAUGGGCUGUUGAGCUUGAAGCUGAGCAACAAUUCCCUUACUAGCGUGGAUUUCGAAGGAGCUGAACUGACUCGAGUUCGUGAUCUUGACCUAAGUCAUAACUGUCUGACUUCGGUUCAGAACAUUGAGUGGCUUCCCUCUCUCUCUACCCUUGAUCUCAGCGCCAACAAAAUCACACGCUUUGAACCUUCAUCAUCGCUUAUUAGCCUACGUGCCCUUCGGCUCUCUGGAAACCGACUGGAUCGGUUUGAUGUGAAGAACAUGUCUUCUGUGAGCCUGCUAUACGUUGACCAGAACUGCUUGUCGGCUAUCGCUAGCCUGGAGCACUGCCACAAUCUUGAAGUACUUUCUGUGCGAGAGCAGUCUUCGCCUUCGGAGAACGAGUCGAGCUUCGCUCUGGAUCUCGAUCUUGGUUGUGUGAAGGAUGUGCGGAAACUGUUCCUUUCUUCAAACAAGCUUUCAUCUGGAUGUCUUUCACCGUCGGUACCUCUGCUUCAACUCCAAUUAUUUGAUCUGGCUGCCUGCACCCUGCCUGCUCUUCCCGAUGAUUUUGCGUCAAACUUCCCCAACAUCAAGGUGUUGAACAUGAACUUUAACUCACUCAUUGAGCUGGAGCCACUUGUGGGAAUGAAGUGCCUCUCCAGAUUAUCGCUCGUUGGAAAUCGACUGGCCAGAAUGAGACGAAUCUGUCAAAUUCUCAGCCGACUGGGUCGGGAUGGCCGCGGAAAACCUUGCUCUUUACGAAAGCUUGAUAUCCGCGGUAAUCCAUUGACCGUUGGCUUCUACCCCCCAGCUCUCACUGGCAAUGGUAGCAACGCGGAUCGCAAGAAGUUGAAGAACCAGGAUAAGGUAGUGAUCCACGAACAGGAAUAUCAACGAGACCUUUCGGAUGCUCUUGCCGAUCUUGAUCAGAAUGACCGAAUGACUCAUGCAGUCACUUGGGAGGACGGGUCAAAGGACGCGCGAGAUAUCAAGAUCAACGACCCAUUCACUCUCCCUCUUGCCGACCCCAGCGCAGAUGCGAAGUACCUCAUCCAUUUGGAUAAAGCAACUCGGUUACGCAGAAGCGUGCUGGAGCUUUUGCUAUACGCUGGCACAAGCGGCUCACUCAGCACCUUGGAUGGGUUGGAGCUUCGGCCAUCCCUAGGCGAGGACAGUCCCGACAUGGGCAGGGCGUGGUCGAAAUUGGAGGAGCUGGGUAUUCUCAAAAGAAAGGCGAUUACAAACAAGGCUUAA